ACUGACCCAUCCUUGCUUUGUUGUUGCGGCCGUGUGUUCAGCUAGCGUUAGAGUCCACAGAUCUGGCAGCAUGAGCCAGCCCCAGCCCGUCCGCGCCGGCGACGUGUACCCAGCGUCCGCCGACCCCCACGAGGCCCGCCGCGAGCGGGACAAGGUCGUCGGGCAAGGCCAGGAACAGAGCGGCUGCGGCCUGCGGGUCACCGAGACCGACCUCCCCGCCGGUAGGCGCAUGGUCACCACCAGCGCCGGCGGCCAGGUGAUGGCGCAGUUCACCGUGCCAGUGCCGGACCAAAACGUCGCGGAGGCCACGGACGCGGUCACUGUGGGCGAGGCCCUCCAGGCGGCGGCGCAGACGGCGGCGGGGGACAGGCCGGUGGGCCUCGCCGACGCGGCGGCGGUGCAGGCCGCGGAGAUGCGCGCCACGGGGCUCGGCGGCAACCUCCCCGGCGGCGUGGCGGCCGCGGCGCAGCAGGCCGCGGAGACCAACAUGAUGAUGAGGCCGGCGGAGGAGGGCGGCAAGGCGGUGAGGAUCAGGGACGUCGUGGGCGACGCCGCGGCGGUCCUGCCCGCCAACAAGGUUGCCACGAGGGAGGACGCCGAGAAGGUGGCGGCGGCCGCCGCGCGCAACGAGGGGAAGAGGGCAGGCGCCGGCGGUGGCGGGGGGAAGGGUAGUAGUGGCGUCGUCGAUGCGGUGGCGGCGGCCGCGGACAUGAACGAGGGACGGAUGAUGUAAUCACGUACUGUACCGUACCUCUAAUAUUGUCAGUUCGUUUGUCACGAUAGGUCGCUACUCCGCUAGCCUACCUAGCAGUACAAUGUAUUUCUUCAAUAAAAUCGAGAAGCAUCAUCUAGAAGAAGAAAAGGGUAACCACGCAUGGUAAUCGAAAGCGUCUCCUGAACCAGUUUGGGCCCAGCGUUGGUUCUCACU